AUGAUGAAGAACGAGGCUCGACGAGCCGUCUCCUCCACAGAUCCCACUAUGCAUGCAUCAUCAUCUGAUCCCACCCACCACAAAUGGAGUCUUCUGCUGGACCACAAGCUCUAUGACCGUGAUGUUCAGAAAAAGGCCCUCCAGGAUGCCUAUCGGCGAAGCCACGAAGCCUCUUGGCCCGAAUUGGUUUUGAUUACGGGCGCAUCUGGCACUGGAAAGUCUGCCUUGGCGAUGUCCUUGAAGAGCUUGGUGGAACAACAAGAUGGUCUCUUUAUCAGUGGCAAAUCGGACGAUCAAGUCGACACACCCCAUGGUCCCUUUGUGGCGGCCGUGGAAGACUUGGUGGAUCAGUUACUCUUGUUGAGCUCAUCGGAUCGAAACGAAUUUCGAGAAGCCGUCGCACAAGCCGUUGGAGCCGACUUGGCGUUCUUUUGCAAGGCGAUUCCAUAUGUACGACGCUUUUUGCAAGCCAACUCGCAGCAGCAAAAUCCGCUGGACGAAUCCUGUCAUUUUUCCGAUUCUUCCUUUGGCGCCGCCGUGUCGUUGGCCAAUGAAGAUCCCAGUCGGUUUGUCUCGAUCUUUUGUCGAUUCCUCCGCUCCAUUUGCGAAAUUCGACAUGUCACCAUUCUCCUGGAUGACCUGCAGUGGUUGGAUCCGCAAUCCCUCUUUCUGCUCGAAACUCUCUUGUUGGAUCCAGCGACACAGGAGGAAGACUUGUUGCUCUUGGGCACGUGCCGUGGCAAUGAAGUGGGCCAAUCCGAUCGAUUGGCCGUGUCACUCCGACGUAUGGAAGAAGAAGCCGGCGUUGUCAUUACCGAUAUUCAGGUGCAAAACCUCAGCGUGCAAGCUUUGGAUGGGAUGAUUGCCGACGCUUUGGAAUUGCCCGAGGCAUUUUCCUUGGCACAAGUGGUUCAGAAACACACCAAAGGCAAUGUCUUUUUUGCCAAGCACUAUUUGCGCCGUCUCGUCGACGAUGGGGUGGUCUAUCGCGACAGUUACACCAAGAAAUGGAGGUGGGAUGAUACAGGUUUGUUGCAGGCAUUGGCUCCGGCCGAUCCCAGUGGCGACUUGAUUCUACCCCUCCUGGUCCAACGAUUGCAAAAACUACCCGUCCAUGUCAUUGAAACACUCCAAACCAUGGGCUGCAUGGGAAGUACUUUUAGUCGCGACAUUCUGGUGCAUGCCGUCCUCGAGGCAGAACCGGUAGAGGAGGCACUACAAGUUGCCGCCGAGCAGGGCUUUAUCGAAUACAACCAGGACACCAAGACGGGACAUUUUGUGCAUGACAAGUUUCGGGAAGCACCCCUCUCCAUGAUUGCCCCUGAGCAAGCACCUCUCUAUCGUUUGACCAUUGGACGCAAUCUACGACGACAACUCACUACGGAACAUGUCAAGGCAAACAUUCUCAUUAUUGUCGACCAACUCAAGUGUGGCUUGGAAUUGGUCACGGAUCCGGAGGAACUCGAUGACUUUUCCCGCUUGUUUCUAUGGGCCAGCAAACAAGUGGCCAAACGAUCGGCUUAUGUAUUAGCAGCCGAGUAUGUGGAUUAUGGCAUUUCCAUUCUCAGUCGUCGUCAUUGGCGCGAUCAGUACAAUUUGAGUUUGGCACUGUACAGUGCCGGGGCCGAAUUGGCUUAUUGCAAUGGCGAACAUGAAAAGUUGGCUCACUUAGCCAAUGCCGUCUUUUCCCAUGCACAGUCCAUUGCCGACAAGAGCCGUGCGCAAAUGGCCCAGCUCAUAUCCCACGAUGGGGUUGGUUUGACCGAUCAGGGCACCAAAAUGUGUCGACAAGUGCUGGAGGAACUCAAAGUGCCAUUUCCACGCAAUCCAGGCCCCCUGUCGGUACUGGUAGAGUUGGUGCGAGUCAAGUGUGCCAUUGGCAGAAAGACCGAAGAAGAUAUACUGUCACUUCCUACAUUGGAAGACCAACGAGUCAUCUCGGCCAUGCAGGUACUCUUUGUCAUGUUUUAUCUGGUCGUAUCGGCGAAUUUGGAUUGGGCACCCAUUCCGGCAUUCCGAAUGGUGCGCUUGACACUGCAACAUGGAUUGAGUCCUCUAGCUGCGCAUGGUUUCCAUCUCUAUGGAAUGGUCCUGGUCAAGCUGGGAAAUAUCGAGGAUGGGUACCGCUUUGGGAGAUUGGCUCUUCAAUUGUUGGAGAAAUUCCCAUCCAAGGCUUUGGAAGCCAAAAUUGGAUUCUUGCAUUUGUUGGUUUUCAAGUCUUCUAAGUUUUCCUACCGAUCUAUAUUGGAUCCCUUGUGGGAUGCAGGCAUCAGAGCUUGGGAGGCUGGUGAUAUGGAGCAUGCCCUUGGCAGUGGAACCAUGCAUAGCAGUAUUCGCCUCCUGAUGGGAGACCCACUUCCGGAGGUAUCCAAGGUUCUGACUCGUUAUGUAGAAUGCAGUUACCAAUACCGUCACUAUAAAGUUGGAUUCUUUGCCAGGGGUGCAUUGCAGGCUUGUCACAACUUGCAGGGCAUGUCAAAUGAUCCCCUUGUCUUGACUGGUCAGUACUUGGAUGAAGAGGAUGCCAUCCAGGAAUGUGCCAAUGGUAUUGAGGUUUCACUUUGUGGCAUUCUCCAUUUCAAGAUGAUGAUGGCAGUGGUGCUGAAUGACAACGAAGCUGCUCAUUCUUUGUACCAAACGCACCGUGCAAGCUUCAAAGGAAGUCUCUUUCCAUUUCUGCCUCUGUAUCAAAAGUUCUUUCGAGGUAUGGUUGCAGCAACUUUGGCCCGGACAACGACUGGCAGGGCCCGCACACGACAUCUCGCAGAAGUUGGGCGAGUGAUCAAGAAGCUUAGGAAGCUCUUGGUUCACUGUCCAGACAAUGUUGCCCACAAAAUUGAUCUGAUCGAAGCUGAACUGGAAUUUUGCCAUGGUCGGUACUCAUCAGCCCUUUUGAAGUAUGACAAGGCAAUCUCUGUGGCAGAGCUGAGAGGGUUUGUGAGUGUUCAAGCACUUGCUUGUGAGAAGGCUGCAAGGAUGCUGACCUAUGCAGGCAGAAAACAGGAGGCAACCAGUUAUUUCAGGCAGGCUCACAUGCAUUACAUGGCCUGGGGUGCACAGGUCAAAGUGGACCAGCUAGACCUACUUAUGGGCUCUGAGACUCUUGAAGCUCCAGGAGCACAUCCCUGCCUAGAAUAA